AAUGGCGGGUAUCGUGAAUGUCGAUGAAUUGGAACAUUUGAUCGGAAUUAUGUAACGAUAAAAGUUUUACACGGUUUUGAGAGGUCCAAUGGCUUCAGGUCCCGCUAAUGAUGACCUUGAAGUUGUAGAAAUUGUUACAUAUGAUCGAAAUGAUCGUGAAAAUGAGAACGUCGUGGAGUCGGAGGACGAGUCGGAUCGCGAAGAACAAGAGAUGGAGGUGGACACGGGCGAAGAUGAACAAGAAAACGAACGCGUUCAGCAAUCAAGCGAGGAAAAUAACAUGCCAGAUGUAUCAGAGGUGCAGUCGUCGAUUCAAAAUGUGACGCCGGCGGUCGCCAGAAAUGUACAAGUUCUUGGACUGUCAGAAGUGAAUUCCCCAGACGAGUUUCAAAAAAAGUCAUCGAAAACAACCACUAAAAACAUUUCUGCGACAGCGAAAAAUACCAGGUUACCGGUUAAAUCACCCGAGAAAGAUGACGAUUCCCAAAGUUGUCCAAUUUGUUUUGAGCCAUGGUCAAACUCAGGUUCUCACAGGCUAUCAUCUCUCACUUGUGGGCAUCUCUUUGGAAGAAGCUGCAUCGAAAGAUGGUUAAAAGCCAAGGGAGGAAAUGAUAAAUGUCCACAGUGCAAUGCACCAGCAAGAAAAAGAGACAUAAGAAAUAUUUACACAAAAGCCAUUAAGGCUAUUGAUACAACAGAACGUGACAGGGCACUGGCAGAUCUGGAGAAGGAGAAGGAAGCUCGACAGAAGGCAGAAGAGAGAGAGGCUCGUGCAUUGCUGCAAUACCAGUUGGCAAAAGCUGAAUGUGAGAGAAUUGUCGAACAACUCAAAAGACAAGAGCAGCUGGUUGUCAGUUUACAAAGGGAAAG